CACUUGGAGUUAUCUACUUCAAGCACUUGGAGUUAUCAACUUCAAGCACUUGAAAUUAACAACUUCAAACACUUGAAGUUAUCAACUUCAAACACUUGGAGUUAUCAACUUCAAAUACUUGAAUUAUCUACUUCAAGCACUUGGAGUUAUCAACUUCAAGCACUUGAAGUUAUCAACUUCAAGUACUUGGAGUUAUCAACUUUAAGCACUUGGAGUUAUCAACUUCAAGCAUUUGGAGUUAUCAACUUCAAGCACUUGGAGUUAUCAACUUCAAGCACUUGGAGUUAUCAACUUCAAGCACUUGGA